AUAGUCAGCAGCUUCCCGGCUGGAGAAGCCCCAGCAAUUUAAAACAGACAGCACUCCAUGUAAACUGAGGUUCCCUUUUGAAGGCGGUUUCCUUUUUUUUUGCAAUGUAAACUAUAAAUCUAGAAUAGGGCAUUGUAAACGGAUAUUCCCGUAAAUUGAUCACAGCGGGACUUUAUUCCUGAGUUGUAGCUGAAUCUUGAUCGAAACCCAGAUUGAAUUAAAGCAGUCACACUGACAGCAAUUCUUCAGGGCGGACUUUUCCUGUUAUAGGAGAUAAUUUGUGAACCCACACACCGGAAAAACGGAUCAAGAGAAUGCAGGAAGAUCAACUGAUUACUUUCUUUUGAAUAUAUUCCUGCUUGUGUGUUACCGAGCAUUGUCAUUUCUAAUUCCGAUAUAAAGGACAAGAGGUUCCUGGCCAAGAGCACACGAGUCGAGUCGCCAAUAUGUCGAGGCAGUUUGUUGAGGAGGGAGAGGAAGACCCAACAGAGUACUGCAUUGGAGGUUACCAUCCAGUGAAAUUAGGAGAAAUUUUUAAUGGAAGAUAUCAAGUAAUGAGAAAGUUGGGAUGGGGCUUUUACUCCACAGUGUGGCUUUGUUUGGACCUGCUAAAAAAUAAAUGUGUGGCAGUGAAGGUGGCGAAGAGUGGAAGUGGGUUUACAGAGGCUGCCCAGGACGAGAUCAAGCUUCUCAAAUGUGUGAGAUGGAAAUGCUCAAAGGAUCCAGAUAAGGAACGAAUUGUCCAACUAUUAGAUGAAUUUAUAAUCACUGGUCUGAAUGGUGUCCAUGUGUGUUUAGUUACUGAACUACUAGGUAAUCAUCUUUAUCAUUGGAUUAUUAAAUCCAAUUGGCAGGGGCUACCCAUGCCUUGUGUCAAGAAAAUCAUUCGACAGGUUCUACAAGGGUUGAACUAUCUGCAUACCAAGUGCAAGAUCCUGCAUACGGAUAUCAAACCAGAUAACAUUCUUCUCUGUGUCAACCAACAAUAUCUCAAUCAGAUAGCUGUUUCCAUGCAACCAGGAGCUGGAAAAGAAGCACGGAGUCUAACAGGAGAAAUUAACACAGAAUAUUCACUCCCGAACCCUUUGGAUCCUAAAUAUGCUGAAGAAAUAAGUGUAAAGAUUGUGGACCUGGGAAGCGGUUGCUGGACAUUCAAACAUGUUACAGAGAAGAUCCAGACAAGACCGUACCGUGCACUGGAGACCAUCCUUGGCGCUGGUUAUGGGCCUCCUGCUGACAUUUGGAGCACAGCUUGUGUGGCAUUUGAGUUGGCAACAGGUGAAUACUUGUUUGACCCUCGACCUGGAAAGACCUUCUCUGAAGAUGAGGACCACAUUGCACAUAUUAUUGAGCUGCUUGGGAGAAUCCCCUUGAAGUGUGCAUUCUCUGGCAAGUAUUCCAAAGAUUUCUUCAACCUUAAAGGUGAGCUACGUCAUAUCAAGACACUAAGACCUUGGGGAUUGUAUGAUGUUCUCAUCGAGAAAUAUGACUUCCCAUUGGCUGAUGCAGCAAUGUUUUCAGAUUUCCUUCAUCAAAUGCUUUGCUUUAUACCAGAAAAAAGGGCAACUGCAGAACAUUGUCUCCAACACCCAUGGCUGAACACUGAAGACUCUUUCAGUUAGAUUUCUAUUACCCAUUAUAAUAGAGGUAUACCUUCCCAGUGGAUAAUGGAUAUUGCUAAAAUUGAUUGAGUCCUAGAGUGUGGCUUGAUAUGAUCUGUGCAGGAAUAUGUAAAUCAAUGGAAUAAAGUUAAACUCAAUAAAUUCAA